AUGGACAAAAAAGUCGCUAAUGCGUCUCAACCUCGCAUUUUAAAGAAAAAACAUUUCCGAGUCAAACAUCAAAAAGUUAAAUUGUUUCGGGCAAAUGAACCAAUAUUAAGUGUAUUUAUGUGGGGUAUUAAUCAUACGAUAAAUGAGUUGAGCCAUGUGAAUAUACCAGUUAUGCUGCUACCAGACGACUUCCGUGCGUACUCUAAGAUCAAAGUCGAUAAUCAUCUAUUUAAUAAAGAAAAUAUGCCUUCGCAUUUUAAGGUUAAAGAGUACUGUCCACUUGUAUUCAGGAAUUUACGGGAACGCUUUGGUAUUGAUGAUGUAGAUUAUCGCGAAUCCCUUACACGAUCACAACCAUUGCAAAUUGAAUCUUCUGGAAAAUCUGGAGCACAAUUUUAUCAAAGUUACAACAAAUUCUUCAUAAUAAAAAGUUUAACAUCAGAAGAAAUAGAACGCAUGCAUGCUUUUUUAAAACAAUAUCACCCAUACGUUGUCGAAAAGCAUGGAAAAACUCUUCUACCUCAAUAUUUGGGUAUGUACAGAAUAACAGUGGAAAGUGUGCAAUAUUAUUUCGUUGUCAUGCGUAAUGUAUUUAGUUCGCAUUUAACUAUUCACAAAAAAUUCGAUUUGAAAGGCAGCACCGUCGACCGUGAAGCUUCCGAAAAAGAAUUGGAAAAAAAUUUACCUACUUACAAGGAUAAUGAUUUUAUUAAUCAGAAAAUAAAAAUUGACAUUGGUGAAGAAGCAAAACAAAAACUUUUAAACAUCUUAAGCAGUGAUGUUGAUCUACUUACCAAACUGCACAUAAUGGAUUACUCACUUCUGGUUGGCAUCCAUGAUUGUGUGCGUGCUGAAGAGGAAGCGGCACAUUGUGAAAAUUUACAAACAGGUCGAAGUGAAAAUAGCGAAAGUGAAGAAUGCGAUAGUGGGGAACGAUGGACAUAUAACACACCCCCUGAUUCUCCUAGAGGAGCACAGUAUAAGGAAGUUGUUUACGAAGUUGAUAUCUAUGCCAUUCCAAGUAUUGAAGAGCGACGUGAAAUAUACUUUAUAGCAAUUAUUGAUGUAUUGACCCAAUAUGGUGUUAAAAAACAGGCGGCCAAAGCUGCUAAAACUGUGAAAUAUGGUAGUAAUGUUGAUGGUAUUUCGACAUGUGACCCCGACCAAUACGCCAAAAGGUUUUUAGAUUUUAUGGAUAAAGCUAUAGAGUAGAAAUAUGUUGUAUAACUUGCAAGAAAAGAAAACUGAGACCGAUAUUUCAUUAUACAUUAAUAUACAUAUUCGAUAUCUAUGUACUACAUAUAUUAAGUACGUCGCAAACACUAUAUAUAUAUAUAUAUCUAUGCGUAUAUAUAUGUGUUAAAAUAUACGCAUAUGCAUAAGAAUGUUAAUUCACACAUAUAGGUAUAUGUUGAUUACUAAUUUUAAAUAUUUUAUAAAAUAAUUAUGUAUAAGUUUAAAAUGCUUUAAGCAUAUUGCCAAAAAACUCAUUCAAUAUUCAUUAUAUUUAUGCACUUCAAAAAUGAAUUGUGACUUUGUAUGUAAAAGAACAGUAACACUCUUUGUGUAAAAAAAUAAAGGAUAUCAAAUUUACAUACUACA